GCAGCACGGUGUUGAGUUCAGAUGAAAACUUAGGAGAGGAGCUGCUACUGUGGUUGUCAGGACGUUACAAUGUUUGAGCCCUUCAGAGAUGAGUAUCCUACCAGUUGUUGUGGAGGUCAGGAUUGCAAAGUAUUUUUACAUGGAUUUUUUCACCAUUCAUCCUCCCUCAAAGGAAGAAUUGUAAUGCUUUAGAUAAAUAUGAAUGCGUAACUGUAUUGGAGUUUUUUUGGACAGGCCUUUGCUACUCCAAGAAUAUAUUUUUUUCCUAUGAAAGACCGGCCAUCCUCUUCAAUCUUCACUCCCCCAUCCCAGGUAAGAAACGUGUUACUGGAGGAAGAUAAAGAUCUUCACAACGUGGACUAAAACUACAGAGAAUCGAUUGGUGUCAAACAAUCAAUGUGACUAAGUAAUAUUAACUCUUCAGCAGCGCCAUUUACCCAGAAUGAAUGCAGUGAAUUCAGACACAGUUCAUUAAUGGUAAAGGUCAGGGGGCACCUUGCUCAAGAAUUAAUAGAAGUGAGGUGGCCGACUUUGUUGAUUGUUUAAUCAACAAAGUCACAAAGUCACAAAGUCACCAUUCGGCUGGGAGUUCAACACCCAAUCUACUUCUAGACCAACCUACUAAAAAAGAAAAACCUCUUAUCCCUCACUACUUCAAAUUCUAAAGGAUUAUUUUUCCAUUAUGUGAAUGCACCUGUACUGAAACAGUACACUUUGUCCCUUCAACGUUGUCUGUAUAUAACAAUUGGUUACAACGAGGAAAUCAUUGGUAUUAAUCCGGAUUAAAUUCAAUCAAUCUGAUCUGUUUGUGGGAAAACUAUUUUAUUCAUUGCUAUUACCUGCUUAAUACCCAGGUUUGAACGUUUGAAUAGGCAGGGUUGUGUUACACACCCACAUAACUGCAAUGAAUAAUGAUCUAUUUACAAUGUAGGCUGUGGGUUGGGCUCCUUUAGAUUUUAAUCCAAUUCAGUGAAGAGAUGUUAUGUGUCUUUUUUGUCUGGGAUAAACAAUAGAUGGCGGUAGCGCCGCGCGGUGUAGCCAGGGGGCGCAUGCUCAGUAGGAUGUAAACAUCGGGGAAGGCCGCCGUCCGUCUCGGCUCCAGUAUCUCCCUGUUGUGUGUACGUUUGUGUAGUGUACACGUAUUCGCCUCCACGUCCAGCACUCAGGAGUCGGUGUGGAAAUUAGCUCAAGAAGCUAGCUAGCUCCCAGAUAGCAUCAGGGGCUAGUCUAAUUUAGAAAACAGAACGCUUUCUAGACUAUUUGGUCAAUGUAUUGAGUGGAAACACACGGCCUUGGAUGGGAAGUAACGUCUGUCCUGGUCGGUGGAAAACGCGUCAAGGUGGCGACAGACAAGGUUGCAGGCAAGCUGAGUUCUACUCUCUCAUGGGUGAAGAACUCAGUCAGUCAGAUGGCUAGCACGGUGGCCCCGCCCACCACCCUGCAGACCACCCCCCUGCAGACCACUCCUUCCACCUCGCUCUCGUCCCCCGGCCUGUCGCCCACCUCCUCCAACCUGCUGAGCCCGGACGAUGUAGAGCUCCUCGCCAAGCUGGAGGAACAGAACAGGUUGCUGGAGACGGACCACAAGGUCCUGCGCUCGGUCAACGGCUCGCGGAGGAACAGCGGCUCGUCGCUGGUGUCCAGCUCCUCGGCCUCCUCCAACCUGUCCCACCUGGAGGAGGACACCUGGAUCCUCUGGGGGCGCAUCGUCAACGAGUGGGAGGAGGUGCGCAAGAAGAAGGACAAGCAGCUCCGGGACAUGGUGAGGAAGGGCAUCCCGCACCACUUCAGGGCCAUCGUGUGGCAGCUGCUGUGCAACGCCCAGAACAUGCCCAUCAAGGACCAGUACUCGGAGCUGCUGAAGAUGACGUCGCCCUGCGAGAAGCUGAUCCGCCGGGACAUCGCCCGGACCUACCCCGAGCACGAGUUCUUCAGGGAGAAGGACAGCCUGGGCCAGGAGGUGCUCUUCAACGUCAUGAAGGCCUACUCGCUGGUGGACCGCGAGGUGGGCUACUGUCAGGGCAGCGCCUUCAUCGUGGGACUGCUGCUCAUGCAGAUGCCCGAAGAGGAGGCGUUCUGCGUCUUUGUUAAGCUGAUGCAGGACUACAGGCUACGGGAGCUUUUCAAGCCUACCAUGGCCGAGCUGGGGCUCUGCAUGUAUCAGUUUGAAUCUAUGAUCCAGGAGCACCUCCCGGAGCUCCAUAUCCACUUCCAGGCCCAGAGUUUCCACACCUCCAUGUACGCAUCCUCCUGGUUCCUCACCAUCUUCCUCACCAACUUCCCACUGCCCGUCGCCACCAGGAUCUUCGACAUCUUCAUGUGCGAGGGUCUGGAGAUUGUGUUUCGUGUGGGAUUAGCUAUUCUCCAGAUGAACCAUGCAGAACUCAUACAGCUAGACAUGGAGGGAAUGCUCCAGCACUUUCAGAGGGUCAUACCUCACCAGCUGGACAGCGGCCCUGAUAAGGUCAUCCAGGCUGCCUACCAAGUCAAGUACAAUGCUAAGAAGAUGAAGAAGUUAGAGAAGGAGUACACUACCAUCAAAACUAAAGAAAUGGAAGAACAGGUUGAAAUAAAGAGACUGCGGACAGAGAACAGACUCCUGAAGCAAAGGAUUGACACUCUGGAGAAAGAAAGUGCUUCCUUGGCAGAUAGGUUGAUCCAGGGACAAGUGACUCGAGCGCAGGAGGCGGAGGAGAACUACCUGGUGAAGAGGGAGCUGUCCACUGUCAAGCAGCACACUGAGGAGCUCUCUGUUCAGCUGGAGCAGGCCUCCAAUGCCAUCCUGCACCUGCAGCAGACCCAGCAGCCCCGAGCGAAGGUGCACGCGCGCUACUCUGAGGACUCCGUCCUCCAGCUGGAGAGAGAGCUUGUCCAGGCCAGACUGAAGGAGGCCGAGUCCCAGUGUGCCCUCAAAGAGAUGCAGGACAAGAUCCUGGACAUGGAGAGGAGGAACACGUCCCUGCCGGACGACACCAACGUGGCGCGGCUGCAGGAGGAGCUGAUCGGGUCGAAGCUCCGGGAGGCGGAGGCCCUGACCGGCCUGAAGGAGCUCCGGCAGCAGGUCCGCGACCUGGAGGACCACUGGCAGCGCCACCUGGCCCGCACCACGGGCCGCUGGAAGGACGUGCCCCGGAAGAACGCGCUCAGCGAGCUCCAGGACGAGCUGAUGAGCGUGAGGCUGCGCGAGGCCGAGGCGCAGGCCGAGCUCCGGGAGACCCGGCAGAGGAUGAUGGAGCUGGAGACGCAGAGCCAAAUCCACAGCAACCAGCUACGGCGAGCGGAGCAGGAGGGGCGGGCCUUACAGGACCGCGUUCAGACCCUGACCACCCAGAAUAAAGAUCUCACUGGGCAGCUGCAGGAGAUCAAACGCAAGCAGGCGGAGAUCCAGUGCAAGAGUAAGGAGGAGGUGAUGGCAGUCCGACUGCGAGAGGCUGACAACAUCGCAGCCAUGGCGGAGCUGCAGCAACAUAUCUCUGAGCUUGAGAUCCAGAAGGAGGAGGGGAAGGUGCAAGGCCAGCUGAACCACACAGACUCCAGGCAGUACAUCCGAGACCUCAAAGACCAGAUCGCAGAGCUCAAACAUGAGGUCUGCUGUUUGAAAGCCCAGCGGAGCUCGCCCGGCCAGCCCUCCUAUGACGGCAUCCAUAUCGUCAACCACUACACGGGCGGCAGCGGCGUGGGCGAGCCCUACCACUCGUCAGACGAGGACAGCGCCAAGGGGGCCGUCCUGGCGGGCGGCGGGCUGGGGGGCGUCGGCCCCGGCCGCAUCCGACUCCACCCCAACCUGGACGACACGGACAGCGACGGCGAGGAUGACGGGGAGACCCUCCGCCUCUCACUGCCCUCCAGUGCCCCCCCCCACAAGUCCACCGCCGUCUGACCCCCUCUGAUUGGCUGCUUCCGACUCUAAGCCAGUGAUGGAAUGCGUUGACAUUUCGUGUUGUGCGACAGACACUCGUAGCGUUUGUUUUGUUUUUCUUUAACACCUGGCGGGGCGGCGGAGAUGCAGCCAAUGGGAACCAUGUUUAGAUCAACUAACCGCCCUCUGCAGGGUCACAUGACCACUGCGGCUGGACCUAUCAGAGCUUGGGGAAGCAGCAAAGGACAAGCACUCUACCCACCCCCCCUCCCUGUGCCUUUGCAAUGCAAUCAUGAACACUUUAUGAGACUUCACCAAAUGGGCUUUUAUUUUGAAAUGUUUUUUAAAAAACAAAGCAUUAAAUCAGCGCUGUUAAUUAGGUGUCACGUGCAGGUCUAGGCUUGGGGCCUUUGCUUAAAACCACAUGCUUUCCAUUACACUUGGGCCCAAUCCCAUUUCUACCCCUUACGCCUUCCCCUUACGCCUUCCCCUUACCCCUUCCCCUUACCCCUUCAGAACAAGGGGGAACGGGUAAGGGGUAGAAAUGGGAUUGGGCCUUGGUCUAGCAGGAGGUGAGGUCAAUCGCGUAAACUUGUAUAUCUCUGUAUAUAUGUAUAUUAUGUUUGUCUUUGUUUGUUUUGGUCUUCAAUCGAAACUUGAAAGUAUGUAUCUAACAUGUUGAAUGUGUUGACAGAUCAGAUGAAAGGGAAUUUGAACUCUAUAUAUUGCAAUCAUUCCCCCUACCUUUCCCACUUGAAUCCAGCCCUCUCUAAAGAUUAUUGGAGACCCAGUCAAUGGGGAGUGGAUUGAUUCGCCCAUCAUUAAAACAUGUCCCAGUUAUUUUGUUUGAGCAUGUUACUAAUUAAAAAUAAGUCCUACUGCAGUAAAAAAGAAAAGAAAAAAAAGAGGCUGGUUUUGAAGUACUGUUACUGUUAGAUUGAAAGAAUUAUGGAAACCAGUUCAGUUUGACAUGAACGCCGUUGCUUUUCAUGUUUGAACGAGAAUGUGGCUAUUCAAGGGAAAGUUUAUACUGAAAGUGAAAAUCAUAACGUAUGAUGAUGACACGUAUUAUGAUACGAUCUAUGACUAUUCAAUUAAAUUGGAUAUUUUCUCAA